CUUCACUUAUUAGCGAAUCUCGCUAGGUUGCCUUCUCGCGAAAACGCAGAAUCCCUUGCCACUGGGCUAUCGCCUGGAGUCUGGACUCGUUUGCCUAGCCUCCUUCUAUUGCCCGACCUAGCGCUCGUCUGCGCUGCAUUAGAAGCAAUGCGUUGUCUUACAAGCUUGGGUGGCGAUUGUUGCACUAGGCUUUGGCGGGAGAAUUGUCCCAUCCUCACUACCACCAAUAACAGCAAUAUUACCACCAUUAAAUCCUCUAGGCAUCACACUUCUGCUCCACUUUACAAUCAGUCUACUGCUGCCGGGAAGCUGUGUUCUUCUAUUGUAUUCGGUGGUUCUCCGGGGCUCUCAAAUAGAAUGCCAGUGGCCAGAGCUCUAGUGGGCCCAUUACUUUCUUAUUUGACCCUGGAGGGCCAAUCAAUGGGUGUAGGCUCGUUAAGACGCAUCAAGGUAGGCUUUUGUGUUUUGCAUUUGUCACCAUUUCCCUUAUUUACUUCCACAUACAAUCUUUUACGAUUUUUAUUUAUGCCAUUUUCUUUUUUUGGUUUUUUAUUUAAAUUUUUAAUUGUUUACAUUGUUGAGGGGACUUUCACUUCGUAUGAAAGUGUGUGA